AUGUCUCUCAGCUGUCACCCCAUGUCUGGAGAGUGUGCCUGCAGACCGGGCUGGUCGGGACUCUACUGUAAUGAGACAUGUUCUCCUGGAUUCUACGGGGAAGCUUGCCAACAGAUAUGCAGCUGCCAGAAUGGGGCUGAUUGUGACAGUGGGACUGGAAAGUGCACCUGUGCCCCAGGAUUCAAAGGAAUUGAUUGCUCUACCCCAUGCCCUCUGGGAAGCUAUGGGAUAAACUGUUCCUCUCUCUGUGGCUGCAAAAACGAUGCUCUCUGUUCUCCUGUGGAUGGGUCUUGUACUUGCAAGGCAGGCUGGCACGGGGACUGCUCCAUCAGCUGUCCCAGUGGCACCUGGGGCUUCAGCUGUAACUUAACCUGCCAGUGCCUCAACGGGGGAGCCUGCAACACCCUGGAUGGGACCUGCACAUGUGCACCUGGAUGGCGUGGGGAGAAAUGUGAACUUCCCUGCCAGGAUGGUACAUAUGGACUCAGCUGUGCCGAGCGCUGUGACUGCAGCCAUGCAGAUGGCUGCCACCCCACCACGGGCCAUUGUCGCUGUCUCCCCGGAUGGUCAGGUGUCCACUGUGACAGCGUGUGUGCUGAGGGACGCUGGGGUCCCAACUGCUCCUUGCCCUGCUACUGUAAAAAUGGAGCUUCGUGCUCCCCUGAUGAUGGCAUCUGUGAGUGUGCACCAGGGUUCCGCGGCACCACUUGUCAGAGAAUCUGCUCGCCUGGUUUUUAUGGACAUCGCUGCAGCCAGACCUGUCCACAAUGUGUGCACAGCAGCGGGCCCUGCCACCACAUCACUGGCCUGUGUGACUGCUUGCCUGGCUUCACAGGUGCCCUCUGCAAUGAAGUGUGUCCCAGUGGCAGAUUUGGGAAAAAUUGUGCAGGAAUUUGUACCUGUACCAACAACGGAACUUGUAACCCCAUUGACAGAUCUUGUCAAUGUUACCCUGGUUGGAUCGGCAGUGACUGCUCUCAGCCUUGUCCACCUGCCCACUGGGGCCCAAACUGCAUCCACACGUGCAACUGCCACAAUGGAGCCUUCUGCAGUGCCUAUGACGGGGAAUGUAAAUGCACUCCUGGCUGGACAGGUCUCUACUGCACACAGAGAUGUCCUCUGGGGUUUUAUGGGAAGGACUGUGCCUUGAUAUGCCAGUGCCAAAACGGAGCUGACUGUGACCACAUCUCCGGACAGUGUACUUGCCGCACCGGGUUCAUGGGGAAGCACUGUGAGCAGA